ACGGCAAGAAAACCUUAUCUAUGAAUAUAUAUUUAAAAACAUUUUUAUACAUAGUUGCCGCGGUGUCUUAUUACAUAAAGCACAUAUAUUGGUUAUAAUUAUGGAUUCUGAUUAUGAACAAAAAGUUAUUACACUAAAAUCAAAAAUUAAAAGUUAUCCCGAUUUCCCGAAAGAAGGUAUUCUUUUUUGGGAUAUUUUUUCCGCUAUAUCGGAUGGUUCUACAAGCAGACUUCUACAAAAUCUAUUAGUUACGGUUAUUCGUGUAAAAUAUCCAGAUGUAGAAGCAGUUGUUGGAUUGGAAUCAAGGGGAUUUCUCUUUUCGUUUUCUGUGGCAGCAGAACUGGGUAUUGGAUGUUUGCCAAUAAGAAAAAAAGGAAAAUUACCAGGGGAAGUGAUUUCCUAUAAAUAUGACUUGGAAUAUGGUUCUGAUGUGUUACAAAUUCAAAAGGAUUCUAUCCGUCCAGGUAUCAAGUGCCUGAUUAUUGACGAUUUAAUUGCAACAGGUGGCUCCAUAACAGCAGCUACGAACCUUCUACUAAACUGUGAGGCAGAUGUUGUUGGUUGUCUCGUUAUUAUGGAAUUGGUAUCUUUGAAUGGUCGGAGAAACAUUCCAAAUGGUAUUCCAGUACAUUCUCUAAUUAAAUAUGAUUAGAAAAUCAUUUUUAAGUCAAUCACAAUUUAAUUUGUACAAAAUGGAGAAAUAUGUAUUUUAAGUCUAGAUGCAGGUUACAGUCCAUUCCUACUAAUACAAAGGUUAUAAAACAUAAACUGUUAAUAUCUUACACUUUAAUAAUGUUGUUAUUAUAGAAGCCUAUCAGUGCCUAAUAGUUGCCUAUUAAUAGAAAUUUAAAAAAACACAUAAAAAUUACAAUUUUUACUGACCUGACAACGAUAUAAAUACUUAGAUAAAUAAAUAAUUUUGACAUUCCCUGUCGAUAAUUUUAAAAAUAAUAGCAAUUUAAAGAUUCUGGUAACAGUUUUUUUUUUAAUUUGACAGGUGAAAAAUUUUGUGAAAUGUAAUAUAUGUAUUUGCCUGUCAACAAAUUCAGAUAUUGGCAAUAUUAAAUAGCUAAAUAUUAUCGUAAUCAGUUAGUUUUUUUAAAAAUAUCAUGUUAAUAUUCCCAUAUACUUAUUUGUAUGGGAAUAAUUUAGAGCAAUAUUUAUCAAAAUCUUAUGUUUGAUUUUAUUCCAUUGAUAUAUUUUUAAAUUUUUACAUUUGGACAUAAUAAUGUUAAAAGGAUCAGUUAUAAUGUCUAAUGGGAUUAUAAUAUUUGGCAAUUUCUUGAAUUUGCACAAAUUAGAAAAGUAUAAAGUUAAAAAUAGAUAUAACCAUAAUAUACAAUAUAUCUGGCUGUGUUUUUAAUAUAAGUAUUUUUCUAAUGCAUAUUUAACUUGCAUUUAUUAUAUUAUAUUAUUAAAUAUAAACAUUUAGUACCUAAACAUGGAUCAAUGAAAAAAGUAAUUAAGCAAGUUCAAAUUUAUAAUUGUGACUUUUGAUAAAUGUUCAGAUAUUUUGGGUCUUUUUCACAAUUGUAUUUAUAUAUAUAACUUCAUUGUAUCGAAAUAAGGCGUAAAACAGAUUUUAAGUCUUUAAAACACAAAAAGUUUCAUCAAAAUUGGUCUAGUGUUGUGUGCAGAUGUUUGAACGAACAUGAUAAUUUACAGUAUUGUAUUAGUACAGAUAAAACUAUUAUUCUAAAUGAUAAAUGAAGAUUAUUUUGUGUUUUUUUUUUAAUAACUUUAUGACAUAUGUAUUAUAAGAAUAUUAUUUAGUACAAAUGGACCAAAUGAUUCUAAAAUAUUUUGUAUUUAAUAUUUGUUUAUUGCAUAU